AUGGGGGGCCUCGACAACUUCUCAGUUGUACCUGACGCACUACUGCUCAAAUACGAGCGCCGCGGCCACGUCACGACGCGCCAGCUGCUGCCGGGAAAGGCCGUGGACACGCUCCGCAUCGAAGCGAACAAGGCGGUCGACACGCGGGAGCUGGAGGCGCUGCGGCAGCGCGUGCGCGUCCUGUGUCCCAGCGUUGACCCUCAGGGCAUCAAGUCAGCCGAGGCGGCGUUCCAGAUCCUCGCAGACCACGGAGACGACGAGGUUGGCUUCCUGCAGUUCUUCAACCUCCACCGACACAGCGAGGCCGUUCGGGCGAUCGUGACGUCGCCGCGGCUCGUGGCCACCGCGUCGCAAAUACUGGGGGGAGUCAGCAAGCUCCGGGUGUACCAGGACUGCCUGUUCCUGAAGAAGCCGGGGUUCGGGGCCACGAACUGGCACUCGGACCUCCGCAUGGCCCCGCUCGACACGCACAAGCUCGUCACGGCCUGGAUACCGCUCCGCGACGUGUCGGGAGAAGGCGAUUCAGGUCUGAUCUUCGCACAGGGCUCCCAUCGCGACUUCGCGUUGCCGUUCUGGUACGACCUCUCCGCCGAGCCGUUCGAUCUCGCCUCCCGCGGGUACCCCCUCGGCAGCGUCGGGCGCAUGGCGGUCGGCGACGUCUCGUGGCACGACGGCUGGGUGCUGCACGCCGCGCCGCCGCAGCCGCCGCGCUCGCCCGUGCGCGCCGCGCUCGCGGUCAGCUAUUUCUGCGACGGCGCCCCGACGCUUGCGCGCGACCACCCGGCCUUCCGUGGCGACCGCGGGCACGCUGAGGACGCAGAGAGCUACGCGGCAUGGAUCGACGACGUCCCACACGGCGCGCCGGCGCGACACGAGCUCCUGCCGCUGGUCCACGCGCCCCCGCUGUCGCAGGCAGCCACGCGGCGACGGUAG